UAAUAGGUACACAAUGUGUGUAUAAUAUAUAUUCAGCAUGCACCAUGCUAUUAUUACAAAUUACAAUAUCAAUAUUUAUGAUUUAAAAUAUAUGACGUUAUAAUAUUAAUUAUUAUCCAGAGUAAUACAGUCUAUCAUUUUAAAUUUCAGUUCAAUAAAUUAAAUUGUUUGAGUAAAUAUACCUAUAAUUUAUUAUUACCCCUUUGUUAGUCGCGUGGGUAGGUACCGGGCGCGGAUCCAAGGGGGGCCAAGCGGCCAUGCCUCCCUUAGACUCUAUCACACAGGUAAAUUUUAGGAUGUCUGUUUUUGGCAGCCGAUAAAAUACGAUACGCACAUGGUAUUCCCCCCCCCCCACCCGUAAAUUUAGUCUGGAUCCCGCGCAUAUUUCUCCUAAAAAUGCAAUGUUAUUUAUUUUCAUUUCUGGAUUAGAUCUCCUUAUAAUUUAUAUUACAUGAAAUUUAUUUAUAUCUGCCAAAGUCGAAUGGGAUAUUUAUGUACCUCGCGUGACUAACAUAUUGCACAUUGUCAUAAAUCAUAAUAUAUUUAUUUUAUUUUAGCAGCGUAAAAUCGAGGCAAGCCAAUACGAUAUGGGAAAAAAUAGGGCCACCAGGCACUAAUGUACAUUUACCCUGCGACAGUGUUUGACGUAUACGACAUGCACAUGUUAUUUUUUGAUAACAGAGUUGUUGUACAACGCAUCAUCGUCGUCCUAUGUUUGGUGACGUUAGGGUGGCCGCCCGCCAUAGUUGCCGCUCCCAUCGUGUUUGCCACCGACCACGAGCCGUCAGAGAUUGGGUUAAUAAACUCACGUAGAAUGUCGUCGCAACAUCAUUGCAGUCACUGCGGCUACUCGUCCGCGAUCGACAACGACGGGACUAGCCAUCACCAUGACCGUCGUCCGGCCGCAGUCACUGAGCCGUAUCCGUCGGCCACGGCGAUCUACAAAUACGGUGCUGGCCAUCACCACGACCGUCGACCAGUCGCGGUGACCGAUCCGCGUCCAUCCGCAACGAACACUUGGCCUGGUCAUCACCACGACCGUCGUCCGGCCGCAGUCACGGAGCCUUAUCCGUCAGCCGCGGCGAUCGACAACGACGGGACGGGUUGUCAUCACCAUCACGACUGUCGGCCGGCUGCCGUAACCGAGCCGCAUCCAGCCGCGGCGAACACUUGGGCCGGUCGUCAGCACGACCGUCGUCCGGCCCCGGUCACCGAGUCCUAUCCGUCAGCCACGGCGGCCGACAACGACGGGGCUGACCAUCACCACGACCGUCGCCCGACUGCGGUAAACGAACUGCACGCAGCCGCAGCUAACACCCGGGCAGGUCACCAUCACGAUCGCACGACCGCUAAUUGCCCGAUGGCCGAAUCCUGCCCUAUCCAUCAUGAACACCCGCCGUACAAUAAGCUUACGCCGGCGACAGACGAGACUGUUACGGCAGACGUUUCGGCGUCCGUCAAUUAUUAUGACGAAGCUGAUGCAGGAGAAGACACCAACGACGACGGAGAAUAUCCGAUUUAUAAUCUCGUUCCCAUUAUUCUGAUAGUGUUGUUUUUUUUAGUAUAUCCAAGUCUUUAUUUUUCUAGUAAUAGAAGGAAACAAAAAAACACAUUUAAUUUGCAAUCAAGUAACUGUGCAUGUACUGCAAAAUAUAUUCGCUGUUUUAAAUAAUCAUGAUUCGAAAAGCGAUAUAUUUUGCAGUUAAUCAACAGUUGUUUGCAAAUUAAACGUAUCUUAUUAUUUCCUUAGGGCUUAGAUUACUAAAAAAAUAAAGACAUGGAUAUACUAAAAAAAACAACACUAUCAGAAUAA